UAUUGACUAUACAAUGAUUUUUGAUUUGCAACAGAUCAGGAAAUUAUUGACAGCUUGAUUUUAGGAUAGAUUCUAGAUGUUUCACUUGUGCUUGAUUUUGACAAUCUUCCUUAAUACCCCCCAGCUCUAUAAGAAUAACAGUUCUGUUUCAAACCAAAUUAAAGAUCGGGCGAGCUCAGAUUCUGAUCUCACUCUUCCAUCUCUCUCCAUGAUCAUGAAGUUUCAGCAAUGGAUCAUGGUCAUGGGCGUAAUCUGUGCGUCGUUCUUCCAAACUCUAAUUCCAGUGGAAUCUCUUCCCGUAGCUCACAAAAUCAAAAGUCAGCCUGGCCAGCAACAGGUCAGUUUCCAACAAUUUGCUGGCUUCAUCACCAUUGAUGAACAGCAACAGAGAGCUCUUUUUUACUACUUUGUUGAAGCUGAAGGAAACCCUGCUUCAAAGCCUCUUGUUCUCUGGCUAAAUGGAAGGCCUGGUUGUUCAUCUAAUUAUGCGGGAACCACAGCAUCUCUGCCAAGAGAAUCUCACCAGAUUAGACAAAGCAACGAGGAUGAGGAUAAGUCGAAGUCUUAUCCACAUCAGUCCUUUGUAGCACAAGCAAAUAUGCUGUACCUGGAGUCACCAGCUGGAGUUGGCUUUUCUUACUCAUCUAAUAAAUCAUUUUACAGCUAUGUGGACGAUGAGAUUACAACUAGUCGAAACACCCUCUCCACCUCCACCCGACCCUCCCAGCUUAUCCUCACGUCUCAAGUGAUUCUUCACAUACGGCUACCUCACCAACACUUUCAACGUCAAAGUCAGUCCAGCCCAAUGCAGUAG